AUGCAUGAGUCUUACCAGGACGGUGCUGUCUUCACUCAUUCUUCCAAGAAGGCGUCGAGUUGCUCGAAGAGUUCGAUCCCUUCGUCCGCACCACACAGGCUUAUUAUGAACGCGCCGGGAUUCGAUUUUAUCCGGUUCCGGGCAAUCGAUCUCAUUCACUUCCGCCUGGCACCGUUCUUCCGGGACACGGCCGAUUUUAUUGACGAGGCCCUGUCUUCCGGUGGAAAGGUUAUAGUACAUUGCAAGCAAGGGAUCAGCAGAUCAUCGACGCUGGUCGUGGCAUUCUUGAUGCUCAAACGAGGCAUGGCUACGCAAGAGGCCCUUACAAUUAUCAGAUCGAAGAGAGAAGUUAUGCCGAAUGAAGGAUUUCUGCAACAUCUUCGCGACUUGAACGAACGACUGUCGCGAGAACGGAACUAAAAGCGUUCGAGGACUAC